UUUUUGGUGACCUAUCCAGAUAACUUUUGUUGUUGCAAAUCCAGGUCAUAAUUACCAAUAAUUAUUGCAUGUCAACAUUGAAGUGGGUCUGAGAAAUUCUGAAGAGAAUGCAUGUUUUCAACAUUUUCGCUGUAUUUUUGCUGUCUGGAUUUUAUGUCGAAGAUGUUCUUUCGCUGAAAGACGUAGUCCUGACAAUCCAACCCAACGUGGUUCAGCGUUCUAGUAAUAGCACCCUGAGAUGUUCCUACGACUUGCAAAACGACAUUUUGUACUCCGUCAAAUGGUAUAGAGGUCGCUACGAGUUCUAUCGUUUCACCCCCAGCGAACAACCCAAGACCAAGGUGUUCCAUUUCAAAGGAAUCAACGUCCUUGAAUCUCUGUCUAACUCGACACACGUUGUUCUUCAAGACAUCGAUUUCAAUCUUUCCGGAAACUUCAGUUGUGAAGUUACCACAGAUGCUCCACACUUUUCCACUGGCUUUGAUACGAAAACGAUGCUGGUUGUACAACUUCCUGAGUAUCCUCCAACGAUCAGCGUUUUCGGAGAACCCCUAGAUUACGGUGACAUCUUGAGGGCUAACUGUACUUGUCCACCAUCAAGGCCCAAAGCAUCGCUGACAUUCCUUUUGAAUAACUACACAGUAGCUAAAAGUGAACCUCUGGGUCCACGCUCAUACCAAGAAUCUGCUUGGAGCGACCUAUCUCUGGAAAUGGAGCUAUCGGAGUUCCAUUUCAACACGGGCAGAUUGCUGCUUCAAUGCGUAGCUGAGAUAGCUGACGUGUACCACGAAGAAGCUGUGCUGAAGCUGGGCAGCGUUAGAGAUCCCGUCCCAGAAAGAGUUAGUGCUUUUUCUGAUGCCAUAUCCUCCCUGCCAGCUGUAUCGCAUCUAGUUGUUUUUAUCAAUAUUUUAUCGAUGUUAAGCUAAGUGUACAUAGAAACUUUGUCACAAUAAAAGGAAAUAUUCAGAUACUCUUCUUUCCUCAUUAUGUUCGUUCGAACAUUUGUUAUAUCAAAAUAAAAAUAUCCUUAUUUGUUUCUACAAUAAAUUUUUACUGAUACAA